GUGAAUCUUUAGAUAAAUAUUUAUUUUUAUUUUGAUGAAAAUGAUUGGAGAAUAGUAAAUAAACAUAAAUGAAAGGAUGAAGAGAAAAUACAUAACAAAUUAACGUUUAAUCUCUGUUAAAUGUGAAAAUUCAAAAGAUAAUAUUAAAGACCGCCAUGAAUUUUUAUCCGAAUCACGUGAUCACUUCUAUCGUAGGAGUUAACUCUCGUUACGAGAGGUUAGUUCAUCAAGAUAAAAACGUUGAUUUUAAUAAAUAUUAUGCAAAUAAAAGAAGAUCGAUGCGCGAAACACGUUGUUUUUUUAUAUUAAAUAAGAUUACUGUCACAAUGGCAGUAUAAUAAAUCACUUAAUAACCUCUUAAAAACAUAAGUAUAUAGAUGACACAUCGGAACAUAUGGAUGAUAAGAACAGUGCUACAAAGUAGAAAAUCUUGAAUAAAGUAACGAAGGUCACAUCAUCUUGUCCUGGAAAUAAUGCUUGAUCAACUGUCAUCAGCAUUUUCCGUUUAUAUUUCCUAUUAUUCCGUUAGUGAUAUAGGUUUUUUCAAUCAAAUUUUGAUAAAUUAAUCAAAUUUGUCGGGAUAUAACCAAAAAACCUUAGCAAUCUACGUGUGCAAAAGUUUAUCAGCAGUGCUUCCUCUCCCCUUUCUUUAUUUGCGUUGAUACACUUAAAUAUGUUACAUUAUCUUCCAUUAAUGGCAUAUCGUUAAAUUUAUCAAUGACUCGUGUCUAGAAGAAUUAUACAACAAAGAAGUAUUAACGAACAAAAUCUUUUGAGUAAAGAUUUAUACAUCAUAGAAUAAUAUUUUCUUUAAAUUGUGUUAAAUGAUAUAAAAUUUAGUGAAUGAAGUGGAUUAAUUGAAAUAUGUUUGAAAGAAUGUUAUGCUUAACCAUAGAUAUGACAUCUUGACAAACAAAAAGGAAGAUAUUUUUUUAUGAAGAAUGGCUCGUGAUUCUUUCUUAUUUGGAUUGCUGAUGUUCGGAUGUAGCAUACAUGCAUUAAUGGCUACAUCCGAUGACGAUCAAUUGGAUUAUAUGAAUAAAGAAGAACGUGAAGCAUUGAAGGAUGAAGCAAGGGAUAUGUUUUAUCACGCUUACAAUGCUUAUAUGGAAAAUGCUUAUCCUGCGGAUGAGUUAAUGCCAUUAAGCUGUAAGGGCCGAUAUAGAGGAUCGGAGCCAAAUAGAGGUGAUAUUGAUUCUACAUUAGGAAAUUUUUCCCUUACAUUAGUGGAUACUUUAGAUACACUUGUGGUGUUAGGUGAUUUGGAAGAAUUUGAAAAUGCAGUAAAGCUUGUUGCUAGAGAUGUCAGCUUUGAUACAGAUGUAAUAGUGUCUUUAUUCGAAACUAACAUCAGAAUGCUUGGAGGUCUUUUAAGUGGUCACUUAUUAGCUGAAUAUUUGCAACAAAGGGCUGACAUAAUGCCAUGGUAUAGAGGCCAAUUAUUAGGUUUAGCCAAAGAUUUAGGAUACAGAUUUUUACCUGCAUUUAAUACAUCUACUGGAAUACCUUACGGCAGAAUUAAUUUAAAAUAUGGCAUGAAAGGUGUUCCCACAGAAGUAUCAAGAGAGACUUGUACUGCUUGUGCAGGCAGCAUGAUAUUAGAAAUGGCUGCCUUGUCAAGAUUAACUGGAGAAUCAAUUUUUGAGGAAAAAGCACAAAAGGCAAUGGAUGUAUUGUGGAAAAUGCGUCAUAGAGGAACUGAUUUAAUGGGUUCUGUAUUAAAUGUAAAUUCAGGUGACUGGGUACGUAGAGAUUCGGGUGUAGGAGCAGGUAUAGAUUCCUACUAUGAAUACUGUCUAAAGGCUUAUAUUUUAUUAGGGGAUGAAAAAUACUUAGGACGUUUUAAUAAACAUUAUCAAGCUAUUAUGAAAUAUGUAAGUCAAGGGCCAAUGUUAUUAGAUGUACAUAUGCAUAGACCAAAUACAAAUUCCAAAAAUUUCAUGGAUGCUUUAUUAGCUUUUUGGCCUGGUUUACAAGUAUUAAAAGGAGAUAUUAAGCCUGCAGUAGAGACACAUGAGAUGCUUUAUCAAGUUAUGCAAAGACAUAACUUUAUACCAGAAGCUUUUACUACUGAUUUUCAGGUACAUUGGGGACAUCAUCCAUUGAGACCAGAGUUUUUAGAAUCAACAUAUUUCCUUUAUCGUGCAACAGGCGAUCAUUACUAUUUGGGAGUUGGACGUAAGGUACUGAAAAGUCUUCAAACGUAUGCUCGAGUAUCAUGUGGCUACGCUGCUGUAUCAGAUGUUAGGACUAAUAAACACGACGAUACUAUGGACAGUUUCGUGUUAUCUGAAACAUUUAAAUACCUUUAUUUAUUAUUCGCGGAACCAGCAGAUUUAGUCUUAGAUUUGGAUGAAUUUAUUUUUACAACUGAAGGUCAUUUACUUCCACUGACAUUAGCUUCAAUAAGAACAAAUGUUUCUUCCGACUUUGAACGAGAUUCUGUUCAAGUAGAUGAAUUUGAUCGGACAUGUCCCAAUAGUUUACAUUUAUUUCCAGCAUCGGUUAGGCAACCCUUAAGAAACAUGGUGGAAGAUGUUUGUCCAAGACGUCCUAUAAAAAGAAGAUUAAGUGCAUCUCAAUUUCAAGCUAAUAAUUUGGAACAUUUAAAAAUAUUGAGUGAAAUGGGCAUAACAGCUUUAACAUUAGCAGAUGGAAGAGUGCAAUUAUUGCAUACAAUUUCUAAUGCAAGAACACCACAAGACUCUGAAGAAGGUUUAUUAUUUAUGCAAGAAAUGGUUGAAUUUAGUAUAAUGCAGACGCAACAAACAGAAACUAAACCACAAGCAGUUACAUUUAUAAAACCAAAAACUUAUCCGCCACAAAAAGUAACAUUAUUGGCUGGACCAGCGCAUUUUGGUCCUGAAUUACAUAGUUUUAAUAAAGUUACUGGAAAAGUUGUUUUCACAUAUCCUCUUUCUGCUUGUUCAGAUCUUCUUAAUGCAGAAAAGUUGAAAAAUAAAAUAGUUAUUAUGAAACGUGGCGAUUGUAUGUUCAUGGAGAAGGCACGAAGAAUUCAAAAAGCUGGUGCUAUAGCAGGUAUAGUAUUAGAUAAUGUAUCUGGUACUAGUGCAGCAACAUCUCCAAUAUUUGCUAUGUCUGGUGAUGAAAAAGAAGUAGACGAUGUGACAAUACCUGUUGUAUUUCUUUUUAAUGUGGAAGCUACUGAACUAAUUAAAGCUAUUAGUGAGAGUAGAGGUGAACUUGUCGUUAUCAUUGGUAACUUUUUUUCAAAAGAUGAAGUUCAGUUAAAAGCACCUACUGACUUAUCAUUGUUUGAACAACUAAAAGUCCCGUUAAAAUCUUUACUAGAUAUGAAUAAAAAAAUACAGAAUACUGAAAGGAAUGAUUUACAUGAAGAUUUUAAUAUCGAGAACGAACAUCAGGAUACUAUUGAUUUUAAUCAUUUAUCUGCACGAAUUAUCCAAGAUUCACUUGAAGGAGAGAUAAGGAUUACAGUUAAGUCAGAUGUACCAUCUAUUUACAUGACGAAGAAUUCAAAAUUGACUAUUUUACCGUUUACUGAGAUACAAUGGCAACAAUUGAAAGAAUUCUUUGUAAAUCAAUUGUACAACAAUCUUGGAUCUAAUCAAAAAUCUGAACUACGUAUUAGAACUUUUCUACUGAAAAGUUAUUACAAUUUGAUAAUGGCAGAGCAAGGUGUCGAUGUAAAUGUUUAUAAUGGAGCAAGUUUGAAGCAAAAAGUUCUAUGGCUGUUAAAAGAAUUAAGUGAAGUUGCGCCAAAACCAUCAACAAUUGCUCAUUUUAUGAAUUCUAAUAAAUUAACAAUAACUAAUUACAAUUUACUUACGAAAUUGGAUCGUACUGUCUUAUAUUCAAAAGAGAUUUCAACAAAACUCAAAGAAAUAAAAUCUAUAAUACCAAAUUUGAAGCCAUUUAAAAAUAUCUCAACAUAUUGUUUAGAACAAAUUAGUAAUAGUAUUGUAUUACGAAAUAUACUACGAAAAUUAUUUGACGAAGAUAAAAUCAUUAAACAACAUUUGGAUCUUUUAUAUCAUGUUGGUAAAGGUGUGCAAAGUAUAUACCAAGAAAUAUUAAUGAAUAAUAAUAAGGAAAAAGAUGUAGACAAAUUUAAUGAAAAUAAAGAUCCUGAAUUUCUUAAAAUCCUUGAAUAUAAUUUACUCACGUUUGAUAUGUCGGAACAUCGUCGAAUAUUUUCGUCAACGAGAUUAAGCGAGAAGGAAAGAACAGCCGAAAAGGAAAAUAUUUGUGAUAUCAAAAAGUUCAAAGAUUUGGCUGGUACAAAUCCUGAAAAAGUUACUUCUUCCAAAAAAUUUGAUUCAAAUUAUAUCAGUGGUCUUUGUUAUUGUAAGACUGAUUUGCGUAAGGAUGCUACCUUUAAGGAUCUUAAAUCGGUCACGAAAAAGGAAUCGUUUAAAAUUCAUAUUGAUCGUGCUUGUAACGAUCUUAACAAUGAAGCUAGUGUCCGAGAACGGAUGAUGAAGUAUGAUGCUUACAGGAUUGAAAAAUUGAAAAGAAAUACGCCACUUUCGGAAAAUAAGCAAAAAAGUAGAUUUAAAGCGAAUAAACAGCAGUCAGAAGAAAACUCAAUUCGAAAUAAUUUGUCAAGUAUAAGAAAGAACAAAGAAUGUUUACAAAAGCCGCUUGUUUCUCGUGAUAAAUCGUUAAUAAAAUCAGUUAAAGUCGUUUCCGGAAACCAAUUACAAAAGCAGCAGAUUCCUGUAACAAAAUCUUUAUUAGAUCUUUCUCAAAUAAAAAAACAAUCAACGUUGGUCAACAGUGUAAGAGAUCUUGGUUCUACGAAAUUAACGAGCAAUUCAAAGACACAAUCGUCUAACUUAUGCUCCAGAUCAUGUUCCACCCAACGAACAGUUUUCGUAACUAGAAAUAGAACAAAAUCAACUAGUGCUAUAAACGAAGGUUCUAUUGAUCAAGAAAAUCAACAAAAUGGAUCAAAUAAAUGCAAGAUAUUGGGUGGUAGUAAAGAAUCAUUGCUUUCCGAUGUUUUCAGUGCUAUUUUUUCCGAAUCGUCGAAAAAACAAGUUUCUACUAAGAGCUUGCACAAGUCGAAAUCUCGAACUAUUUCGAUUAAGCAGGAUAAUUAUUUGCAUGAUAAGAAAGAACAACGAUUGGUUAAAGGCAACUUGAAACUCGAUAAGCAAAGUACAGAUUUUUCUCCAUAUCUGCUCUAUCAUUCUGAUUAUCUUCCUAGUUUGUUGAUGGUUGAAAAACAGAAAGAAGAUAACUCGCCGAAAUUAUCAUCUGAAUUUAUUGACAAAUAUUUGAAUAACGAGUCAAGGAAUUUAAUAGUUACUUUUCUCAUACAUCUUGCCACACAUUGCCGUUAUCCGUCGCCUAUUCUUUAUCAGACAGUUAAACUUUUCGAUGCUAUUCUCGAUACUAUUUCGAUAGAAAUAACAGACAUGCAAUUAGUAGCAGUAACGGCGUUAUGGAUUGUUCUCAAGAAAGAUGAAAAUCUACAUAAAAUUCCAUCGGUCGCUAAAUCAAUUCUUGCUUUGAUACAAGAUCAACAGUCUUAUAACAUAGAUUUAUUAGCCGAAUGGGAGAGAACUAUAUUACGUAUUUUUGAUGUUAAAGAUGCAUCUCGCACAGGCAGGCCCGUCGUCGAAAAUGUCGAUAAAAUCACAGAAAUAAUCGAAGUUGACCGGCAUAUUAGUAAUCGUAGCAUCGCCCAAGAGCUAAAGAUCGACCAUAAAACAGUUUUAAACCAUUUGCGCAAAGCUGGAUUCAAAAAGAAGCUCGGUGUUUGGGUGCCACAUCGAAUAACACCAAAAAACAUGAUGCAUCGAAUUUCCAUCUGCGAAGCCUUUGCCAAACGGAAUGAAAUUGAUCCAUUUUUUAAACGAAUGGUGACUGGGGAUGAGAAAAGGAUCACAUACGACAAUAUUGUGGGAAAACGAUCGUGGUUAAAGCGCCAUGACGUAGCUCAAACGGUGGCUAAAUCAGGACUAACGGCCAGGAAGGUUCUACUGUGCACUUGUUGGGACGGGAAAGGAAUCAUUUGUUAUGAGUUGCUUAAAUAUGGCCAAACACUAAAUUCAGAUCUUUAUUUUCAUCAACUGGACCGUUUAAAGCAAGUGAUUGACCAGAAACGGCCAGAAUUUGCCAACAGGAGAGGUAUUGUGUUCUAUCAGAACAACGCCAGGUAA